AUGAGUACGCUUGAUUUACACAAGAAUCUUGUGGUCGAAUACAACUCCUAUGUCCAUUUCGCCUAUUACGUUGGCAAAUACCUACUUCAAAAAUGCCAAGGAGAGUCCUGCAAUGAAAAAACGAUCGUUUCCUGGUAUCUCGAGAACCCUGGGAAAUUCGUUAAUGAUAACUCUUACAGUUAUGAUAAACUCAAGGUAAUUUACGAGAAGCUCGUCGAUAACUUGAUUAAUGACGGAUGUGUACUUGUCAUUUCUGAGGAAUCCGGUUCUCGAGUCAUCAAACGGCAUCCUGAAUUCUUCGUUUGGGCUUGGAAGAGCCUUGCUAAAUUACAUCACCACAAAUUGAACAAUUAA